AAACAGAAUAAAGAGCUGUAACAUGAGAGGACCAGCACUCACAGAUACGCCCUAGAAAAUAAGCGUAAAUGAUAAUAGAGGUUUGGCCGGAGCAAAACUACAAACAUCUCAUGCCAACGAUGAAAAUAUGGCAGCCGGAAGAGAAAGGUCCUUCCGUCGUGUUGGGAGUCUCAUGCGGAGCAGAUCUGAAGGGACGCUGAUUGACCUGGACGAUAAUACCUCAACCAGCAACAACCUGAACGGUGGAUACGUGUCAAGAAUCCCACAGAACUCCGAGUGGCCACUUUUACAGCCAGAAGUUGCACAUGAGUCUCAGACUAAAAAUCCCUUUUGGAACAAACUGUCUGGAUCUAAUCCUUUUUUAGAUGACAUUGUACACAGCAGCACAGACAAACAUAUUUCCAACAGAUCUAAUACAAAACAGGACAAUGAGAAACAUCUGGGCACAAAUAACGAUGACACCAGUAGCACAUCUUCAGAUGAAGGCAAUGUGGGGAACUUUUUGGAAAACAAACACAAAGUCAGCAACAGAUCCGGGAGAUGGAGGAGUGCUUCAGACAUUCUGGAUGAUCUGGAGAGAAAGGUGCCAAAACGGGAGAACAGCUUCAGACCGCCCCAGCCAGUCCUGAACCCAGAUUUUGAGUGGCUAAAAGAUGACAGAGAGGCCUAUAAGAUGGCCUGGCUGAGCCACAGGCAGUUAACCCGCUCAUGCCUGGACUUAAAUCUGAUGAGCCAGAGCCCUGGGUGGGCUCAGACUCAAGCUACUGACUUUCAUGUAAUCUGCAAAAUUGGCAACAGUGGAGGCUCUGUUCAGUUACCAGAGUCAGAAAUUAGCAUCCACUUCCCUGAAGGCCAUGUUGUUCCUGGGGACGUCCAGGAAGUUACUCUGAAAGCAAUGCUAGACCCUCCUCCUGGACUUAACAACAACUACAUGACAACCAUGAGUCCACUUGUGGAAGUGGUCCUCAGCAACAUCAACAUAAAGGAAUACAUCUCUAUGGAGAUGAAGCUGUCAGGAGAGGUGAAGAGUGACCCUUUAAGUCAGGUGAUGACCACUGUGGUCGGGCUGGUGUCCAACAAAAGAGAGGGACCUUAUCUCAGAGUGAACGACUGUUACAUUUACAAAAACAUGAUGCAAAUGAAGCUCCAGGACCUGAAGACACAUUUUUAUGUGAUUGCAGUUGCAGAGGCAUCUGCCAUCCAGGCCCCUGCUACAUCAGUCUGGGAUUACCUUGACCGCCAAAUCACAGUAGCAGUUUAUGGUCCCAGGUACAUCCAUCCAUCUUUUAAGGUCGUAAUAGUGGUCUGCUGUCAUGAGAACGUUCCACCAAAGCUUCCUUUUUCAGAUAUCUGCAGAGGAAACAAAAACCUGCCUCCACUUGUGCUGCAGCUCUGGGGAACACAUCAGUUUAAACCUGAUGAAGUGAAUGACCUGCAUGUUGCUAUCAGCGUGGCAGGUGCCAUGUUUAAAAUCAAACCUGAGGACAAACUGAAAGAAGUGAGGCAAAGUCAACUCAAAAUAGGGACAGUUUUACAUUUACCGGUUGCAUUGUCUUGUGCUGGCAAUGCAGAGAUGACUCCUUUUAAAUUAGAUCUACAAGUGAGGGAAUCUAAAACUGCAACUGUCACACAUUUCCAGGUGUCUUCCCCUCCUGCAGCACCCAUCAGAUCUGAAAAGCGAGUGCCAAGGCAGAUAGAAAAGCGAAUUGAAAAGGCAAGAAACUCACCGAUUCCUGAGGAAAGUGUUCCAGGCUUACUCAAAUUUAUGGACAGACCUGUGAACAUACCGUGGUACGGCGUAGCCCUAAAGUCAGUUCUCCGUCAGCCACGCGUGGAAUAUCUCCUGGAGUACUUCAAGGGAGAUACAGUGGCUCUCCUAUCCAGGGAGACUGUCAGGUCAGUGGGCAAUUCAAAGGUAAAGGAGUGGUAUAUCGGAUUCCUCCGUGGCAGGACUGGUUUGGUUCACUGCAAAAACAUCAAGGUCAUAACCAGAGACCAGGUGAUUGACUUCACCGGUAUUCGGAUCACCACAGAGGUGCUCUUGGACAACAUGACACUGCCCUUCAAGAAGCUUACUUACAUGUACUCCGCCAUCCAGACACGUGUCACUGAGCACAUAACCAGCUGGAGAGGUUUUGCUGACGCCUUAGGCUACCGCAACCUAUCACUGGACAGCAUCACACGGCGGCACGCUGAAACUGAAGCUGAUAAGGUGGCCUGUGUGCUGGAGAAGCUGAAGGAAGACUGCCACACUGAGAAGAGCAGGAAGAAGUUUCUACAUGAGCUCAUGGUUGGUCUGUUAAAGAUGGACUCUGUGAAUCUUGUGGCCCAGCUGAUUCAGACCACAGUCAUCCUGUCCACUGCUGUGGAGCUGGGGAUUCGAUGGCGGGAGCUCGCUGAGAAGACUGGAAAACUCACCAGCACACAGAUAGCUGGCUAUGAGGCACCACACCGAGGAAAGAGUGGAGAAGUGGGUGCUCAGUCAAUGUGGAAACCUGCCUAUGACUUCCUGUACUCCUGGAGUCUGCGUUAUGGAGACAGCUACAGGGACAUGAUCCAGGAUCUCCACCUGAUUCUAGACAAAAUGAAAAACCCUGCCACAAGACAGUGGAGGCAUCUGACUGGUGCCCUCAUCACUGUGAACUGUCUCGAUAUCUUCCGAGCCUCUGCAUACCCAAAAACCUAGACGCUUCGCACUCUAGUGAUGAAAACAGCCUUCACGCACUUGGGGAAACAGAGUGGCAGGUUUUUGUACACAGCAAUACAGUUUUGAUGAAGAUGUGAUGUAGCUCUUUUUUGUUGUCAUAUAGCUGUGAUUUGUUGCUCAUACUUUAUACAAAGGAUUAGAAGAAAAUUACAUCUGGUACUUGCACUGUACCAUACCAUAUGUUCUCACCAUUCUCGAGAUGUGAAGGAAUUACACUUCAACUUGAAAACAGAGGAAAAGAAGUGCAGUUUGUCAUUUUCUAUCUUAAAACACGAGUCAGGUGCCAAUAAGAGCCAUGAAACAGGUUUUCCUUGUUUCAAUCAUUCCUUUUGUUCAAACUACAAGAUUCCCACCAAAAUUCACAGUCCUCGUUUUGAGCUAAAGUGUAUUUAAAAGUUUAUCUUAAGAUAAUAUGAAGCGUCAGCUGUCUGAGUCAGUUAAAUAAAGUGCACAUCUUCAACAGUUACAGUCUUCCAAAAUAUUCCCUCUUUGUGUCUCUAUGGACAGUGUUUUCCUCUUCAGCUGCGGUGGAAGGAUUGCAACAAAAAGAGAGAAUGUGGCACUAAAAAGACAAACUUUGAAUGAUAUUGACUUUAUUUGACUAAUUUGGAUGGCCAAAGUCUAAGAUUCAAACAAACUUAAAUACAUUUUUGAGCAGGAGGACUAUAGAUUUAGUCUCCCAUCACUUGCAUUUAAAGGGCAUUAUAAAGGUAUCUCUUAAUUGCUAGUAUGAACAGGAAAGAUCACAUCAAGAAAAACAUGUCACUGUUCAUUUGGACACCUGACUUGUCUUUUAGGACAAUUUGGAAAAAUUGUGAAACUAUCCUUUAAAGCAAAAUUUCAUUUUGGUAGAUCAUUUUCAGCUUUUGAAGAAAUUUAAACCUAAACUUACAGUAGUAAUAAACUGGGUAUCAAUAAUCUAAAGCAUUGUAUCUUCUUCUUUUUUUUUAAACAUCUCUUUACUGUUUUAAAGUAGGCUAAUAUUAAUUAUUAAUACAGCAUAUCACAUUGAAUGUUCUCUUUCUGAUUUUUCAUGUAUCCACAUAGAUUUUUAAUUAUUUGGCUGCUCAAACUUAGACUUAGACUAUAUUCAGUUUCUUUUAUUAUGAUCCUCAUCACCAUUUAAUCUUAUUAUAAUUGCAUCAGUGGGAGUGGAAAGUUUUCUGUAUCUGUAAGCAGGUGAGUGGUGUGUUCAGGAAACCAAUAAAUGUGAACACUGCUGCAGACUUAAAAAGGGUUGCAGUGCACUAACUUAUGUGUAGAUUUGUGUGCUAAAAAUGAGAAUGCUCUACCAAAGUGAAAUAAGGUUAAUACGUUUCUUGAUGCCAGCAAACUGUAGAUAUAUUACAACUAAUGUCAUAAACUAUUGUUGCCUUGAAUAUUAGUGUAUUUCAUAUUUUUAUACUGUUAUGUGAUAUUUUAGAUGUGUACAAACUAGAUAUGUUUGUGAUGUAUACAAUUUUAAUCAUAUUCACUGUAAUGUCAUUUGAUCAUGUUUUUAUUUGCCAAAUGGAAACUUCAGUGUUUAGAGUGCAUUACUCUAUGUCUUCUGUUACCUAAAUUUACAAUUGAUACCUUUGAUACCAAAACAGAGAUGUGUUGCACGAUAUAUGAAUAAAUAUUAGCUCCAGUAAACUAUAUAACAUGUUUUAGUAAAAUGGCAAAUACUUAGAAGCCAAUUCAAGAGCAGACAAUGACAAAUACGGCUGUAUUGGUAAUUUAAAGUGUCUGAUAUUUAACGUCCCCUGUUACAUUAAUAUGAGAGUUUGCAUUUUGCAAUUUUCCCAUUUUGGUAGAAUUAAAUCAGACCAGUGAAACAAAUGACUUUCCCUGCGGUGUUUUCCCUCUGAUUUUCUCUGACUGUUUGCAUUUCCCUCUCUCUGUUUGCUUAAGCUAGUUUCGGUUGAGAGCAUUGUGUGCUGGUUCACUAUCAAACAGACUGCUGAGCUGACUUUACUUUGGCUGACUGAAUGCACCCUGGGAAAAGUAAAUCAAGUCAGGAAAACGGUAUCAGGCAAAAGAGUGAGCUGAUUCAAUCUCCAAGUGUGAUUGUGUAAAGUUACUUGAAGGCCUAAAACUAUUCUGAAGGCCAGUGAUAAACAGUGAAGGAUUUUUUUUCUUUUAUUUGCAUGAAAGACAUUUGAAAGAAUGUCAAGGUCAAAAUGUGAUAUGACACAUUGUGUUUGAUGUGAAUAUGUGGACUAAGUAUCCUUUAAGAAGCCAGA